CCUAUAAUUAAUGUAUGUAAUGUGUAGUAUUGUGACACUAUUUAGUCCGCUCACGAAUUGGCCUAUUUCUUCCCGAAGCUUCUCGGCGUUACGAGCCUCGACCAUGGAAUUCGAGACGACCGCUGCCGAAGUAUAUAUAGAACCGAGAUUCGAGCACAGGCCAGUCAUUCAUUCAUCGAAGCGCGUCGCGUAAUUGAAUGUAUUCGAAUCGUAUGUGUUGAAAUGUAUUAUAGUUAUCAGAAUUAUUAUGUUUAGUUAAUUAAAUCAUAAAUUUGAGUUUGUAAAUAAAUUAGAUGUGUUAGUUGGUGUUAUUUGUAAUUAUUAAAAUAAAUAAGUGAUGUAAAUAAAAUAAUAUAAGUAAGUCUUCCUUUAUUUAAAUUAAACUUAGUGCCUAAAGAUAUAAAUAAAUAAAAUAGUAGAGUCAAUCGCGUAAAAAAAGACAAUUACAUCACAGUGGUGCAGAAGUGAGGAUACUUGAAAUAAAUAAGUAAUAUAAGCUCGGUUUAAUACAGUGUGGAAUCUUUAAUAAUAACUAAAUAUAAAUCGUAAUAAAUAAAGUGUGUGAUCAUGCCUUCCUUGUGUAAGCUAACAAUUGCAGACCUGAGACUUGAAUUGGAAGAAAGGGACCUGAGUUCUACUGGCAAAAAGGCUGAUCUAGUUGAACGUCUGAAGAACGCACUAAAAGAAGAGGGUCAUGAUCCAGAAACUUACGUGUUUGAAGACAAGCAUGCUGCUUUAAUUUCGUCAAUAACAUCGUUAGAGAGCAAAGUUUCUAGUGAAAUCUCCCAAGUUUCGACAGACAUUACAUCGUUAGAGAGCAAAGUUUCUAGUGAAAUCUCCCAAGUUUCGACAGACAUUACAUCGCUGGAGAACAAAGUUUCAACAGAUAUCACAUCGUUAGAGAAAAAGGUUUCUAGUGAAAUUUCCCAAGUUUCCUCGGAUGUUUUGAAAGUUUCGACAGACAUUGCAUCGUUAGAGAAGAAAGUUUCGGGUGAUAUUUCAUCCCUUGACAGCAAAAUGACUAACGAGAUCUCUAGGGUCACUUCGGAUUUUGACGACAAGAUAUCGUCCAUAAAAUCUACUUUUGAAGAAAAGAUCAAGGAAAUAGAAAAGAAAAUGCAGGAAACGGAAAAAGUAGACAAAGGUAUGGAACCCAUCUUAACAGACAUUAAAAAUGAUGAAAUCAAAUACACAAAUACAAAUUGGAGCCACAGUCAAUAGUUGAAGGGAGUGUGAGUC